AUGGGAGACCGCCAACAAUUACCGCCGCACGGCGAGCCCGUCCGCGAGUGGAGCUCACUCAAGGACAUCCUGUACGGCUCGGCUGCAGGCAUUGUCAGCAAGCUGUUCGAACAUCCCUUCGACCUGACGAAAGUCCGCCUGCAAAGUCAGCCUCUCGACCGACCGUUGCGUUUCACCGGCCCGUGGGACUGCAUCGUCCAGACGUACAAGAAUGAGGGUGUGCCUGCGUUUUGGCGGGGAGUCUCGAUGCCCGUCGUCGGCGCGAUGGCAGAGAACGCGACGCUCUUCGUCGUCUACAACCAGUCCCAGACCCUCCUUCGACGACUCUUCCCUCCACCUCCUCGACUAGACCCCGACUCUCCUGCGCCCCUCAACAUCCCCUUGAUCGCGACAGCAGCCGCCAUCGCCGGUGCCGCGACGUCCUUCGUCCUGACGCCCAUCGAACUCAUCAAAUGCAAGAUGCAAGUCUCGAACAUCGCCGCCGAAGGACUCGCGCCCGCUCCCGCCGCUCUCGCCGCAGCCGGCAUGAACACAACCGUCACCGCUCCCUCCUCUCCCGCCAAAGCACCUGGCUCGAUCGCCGUCACCCGCUCCGUCCUCCGCGAAUAUGGUUUCCGCGGCCUCUGGCUUGGGCAAACCGGCACUCUGAUCCGCGAAACAGGCGGCGGCGCAGCCUGGUUCGGGACUUUCGAGCUCCUCGCGGCGUACUUUGUCAAGCGACGAGCGGACCGGGGCGAACGGUCCGCGACGGGAGGGCACGUCUCGAAGGGUGACUUGUCGGCGCUCGAGUUGAUGAGCGCUGGAGCGACGGCAGGAGUCGUCUUCAACGUCGUCCUCUUCCCUGCGGACUGCAUCAAGUCGACUCUCCAGACGGAGGACGAGUUGCGAGGGAAGGAGGCGAGCAGGAACCAGCCGAGACGGAGUUUCUUGCAGGUUGGGAAGGACAUCUACCGCGCAAGGGGGAUCAAGGGCUUGUACAGCGGGUGCGGGUUGACGGCUCUCAAGGCCGCGCCCAGUUCGGCGUUGAUCUUCUACAUAUACAGCCGCCUGGAAGCCAUAUUCGGCUAA